AUUUGUUGGUGCUGAAUGAUGCAUUGCAGCUCCCCCCUCUUUCGUGCCAUUUGGUAAAAAAGAGCUUCGCGUGAACAACGUAUAACGCUUGAUCUAAAUAAGGCCGAAAUAAUCGCGCCUGCUUGUUAGUCAUUUUUUUGACCGGUUUACAUUAUUGGAACAUUUUUACUUUCAUAUGGAGUCGAAAGAUAUUCAUCCAUGUCGAAGGGGAAUAAGGCGACGAUUGGCCUGCCUCUUUGUCUUUUGGUGUUUUUUUCUAAAUGGAAUGCAGGCGCAAAUCCGCUACUCGAUUCCAGAGGAGAUGAAAAAAGGCUCGCUCGUUGGAAAUGUGGCCCAAGACCUCGGUUUGGAUCUGAAAAGACUCCGUUCUGGGCGCGCCCGCAUCGUGACCGGCGAGAACGUCCAGUACGCCGAGCUGAGGGCGGACAAAGGGCUUCUGGUUGUCCAUGAGAGGAUAGAUCGAGAGCAGCUGUGUGGAGACGUGACGCCGUGCAGCUUCACCUUUGAGAUUUUAUUGGAAAACCCCAUGGAAUUGCAUCCGGUAACCAUCGAAGUGUUAGACGUGAAUGAUAACGCUCCCACUUUUAAAAACAAUCAUUUGCGAUUUGAAAUAAGCGAGUCUGCUGUACUUGGCUCUCGUUUUGUUUUGGAAAGUGCACAUGAUGCUGACGUGGGUACAAAUGGUGUGCAGAGCUACAUUUUAACACCGACUGAUAAUUUUGUUUUAAAACAACACGCCAGUCCAGGCGGGAAAAAACAUGCCGAAAUUGUGCUUCAGAAAGCCUUAGACCGAGAAGAACAGCCGCGACUCUCAUUAAAAUUAGUUGCUGUGGACGGGGGAAAUCCGCAGAGAUCAGGUACAGUUAAUAUAGAAAUUGUCAUUUUAGAUGCGAACGAUAAUGCUCCCGUCUUCAAUCAAACUUUGUAUGAAGCUAAAGUGAUUGAAAAUGCACCAAAAGGAACCACCAUUUUGACUGUGAAUGCCACCGAUGCUGACAGCGGUUCAUAUGGAAAAGUAACAUACUCAUUUUCAAAAUCAAAUGCGGAAGUAGCAGAUUUAUUUCAUAUAAACGAAAUAACAGGAGUUAUUUCAAUAUCAAAACAAAUAGAUUAUGAAAAGGAAAAAACAGUUGAAUUUAUGGUUGAAGCAAAAGAUCAAGGUGGCCUGAGCGAGUCUGCAAAAGUCGAAAUAGAAGUCAUGGAUUUAAAUGAUAAUGUUCCUGUCAUCAACGUAAUGUCCUUCACAAGUCCUGUCUCUGAAAACUCCGCCACCGGAACUACAAUUGGUAUAGUGAAUGUAAAGGAUCAAGAUUCUGGAGAAAAUGGUCACGUUUUGUGCGCGAUUGAAGGCCGCGUUCCAUUUAAAAUUAAAUCCAAUGUGAGGAAUUAUUUUGCAUUGAUCACCGAUGCUGACUUAGAUCGUGAAAGUGUGUCAGAAUACAACAUCACGGUUGUUGCGUCAGACGCAGGAUCGCCUCCCCUUUCCAGUAAACAGACUUUUAAUUUGAAAGUGUCAGACGUGAAUGACAACGCUCCAGUGUUUCCGGUCAGCAUUUAUAGUGCAAACGUUGCAGAGAACAACUCACCAGGUGUUUCUGUACUCAGCGUCAGUGCCAAAGACCCAGAUGAAAACCAGAACGCUCGGGUCUCCUACAUGUUGGAGCAGAGUGAAAUCGGAGGAAGAUCGAUUAGUGAAUUUGUGUCUGUGAAUGCAGAAAGCGGAGUUAUUAGUGCAGCUCGCUCAUAUGACUAUGAGCAGAUCAAAGAGCUGAUAUUUAUUGUCAGAGCGCAGGAUGGCGGCUCCCCUCCGCUCAGCAGCAACGUGAGCGUUCGCAUCCUAAUCCAGGACCAGAACGACAACGCCCCUCAGGUCCUGUACCCGGUGCAGACGGGCGGCUCGCUGCUGGCCGAAAUGGUGCCUCGUUCGGCCGAUGUAGGCUAUCUGGUCACUAAAGUGGUGGCCGUGGAUGUGGACUCUGGCCAGAACGCCUGGCUCUCCUAUAAAGUGCACAAAGCCACCGACAGGGCGCUGUUUGAAGUGGGCCUCCACAACGGAGAAAUCCGAACUGUCCGCCAAGUGACUGACAAAGAUGCUGUCAAACAAAGGCUGACUGUUGUCGUGGAGGACAACGGGCGGCCCUCUCGCUCAGCUACGGUCAUUGUGAAUGUGGCGGUGGCCGACAGCUUCCCUCAAGUGCUGUCAGAGUUCACUGACUUGAGCAUGCACGACAAGGAGUACAAUGAGCAGCUGACUUUUUACUUAGUCUUGGCGCUGGCGGUGGUGUCCUUCCUCUUCAUCACUUGCUUGCUGCUUAUCAUAUCAGUCAAAGUGUACCGGUGGAGACAGUCUCGCGUCCUGUCCCACUCCAACCUGCCAGUCAUUCCGUAUUAUCCGCCUCGAUACUCGGAUACUUUGGGAACGGGGACCCUCCCACACGUGUACAAUUACGAGGUGUGCAGGACCACCGACUCCAGAAAAAGUGACAUGAAGAAUAUGCAAGCCAUGAGUCAAAGUUUAGUGAGUGUAAAUGGAGCUGAAGCUGACAUGCCGCAUGUGAAUAAGGAGCUGUCAGGAAACCUUUCACAGAUGUCAACGUUGGUGAGUGAAUGGCCUUCUUUUUUUAUCUGAUUAUUUGAUUACAAUUUACAGGGUUUAUGAAAAACAGA